UCCAACCACAUUGCACUCACACUAACGAUCUGCUCCACACAUUUCGUCAUGGCAUCUAGGCGGACAGUUUAUAUUGAGGCUCCCAAGGGAAGACUCAGUGACAGCAUGGAUCUCAGGCGGAAGCUGGUUGAUAAAAGAGUUGGUCCUGUCAGAGAAAAUGCAGAAAGAGUGAAGGACCUGCCAUUGCAAGACGUGGAUUACAGGAAGAUGCUGGGGAAAAGAAACUGGCUCUGUGAUGAAGAACAGCCCAGCCCCCCAACAGCACAAAAAGGAAAGAGGCCUAAGGCUGAUAACGGAAACCUCACUGAGAGAGAACAUUACAGUAUGUUCCCCCAACUGCAGAGAGGACAACAACAAAUGGUUACAGAGACAGGUCCUCAGCUGUCCCUUUGGCUGAAGAUGAUCAUCUGUGACCUACAUCUUUACACUAUUGUAGAAGAAAAGGGCUUCUUGGAUCUCAUGAGGUCUUUGGGACACAAAAACCCACCGAGCGCUGCUGACGUUUAUUCAGAGAUGGUCCAAAUGUUUGACCAAACGAAGGAGAAGGUGAGGAAAGCAUUAGAAGCCACAAAAAGCGUUACUCUGGCCUGUGACUUCUGGAAUUCAAAGGCUGUGCAGUUCCUAACAGUGACUUGUCACUUAAUCAACAAAUCCUGGAAGCAGGAGUCAUUUGUUUUGGAAACCACACUGGUACCUGAGAAAUCUUCAAGUGAUAGUAACAUCAACCAACUAUACAAAAUAGCGGCCAGGUGGGGCAUUGAGAAGAAGGUCCAUGUGGUCGUAACUAAUGCGAACAACCUGGACAUGGCGGUCCAAAAAGUUGGGUGGAAGCAUUUAUCUUGUUUUGCCAAAACUCUGGACAAAGUGGUGAGGCAGAUCACGAAACAUGCUUCUGUUGGGAAGGUGUUGAAGCGCUGCUGUGAUGUUGCACAUUUUUUCUGCUUUAAUGCAGAAGCAGGAAAGAAGCUCAGAGAGGCUCAGAUUAAGUUGGAUUUACCUCGACAGAGCCUGAUCACUGCUAAAGGCAAUGCAUGGCUUUCAACGCUGAGCAUGCUGGAGAGAAUCUCAGAGCAGCAUGAAGCUCUAAAAGAAGCUCUCAUUGAGACGGACAAGUUGAGAUUGGUGUUGAACGAAGAUGACAGGAAUGUUAUGCGUGACAUAAUAAAAGCUCUCUGCCUUUUCAAAGAAGUCACAGAAGCGAUGAAAAGAGAUCAGCACUGCUCAGCUUCCAAUAUCAUUCCAUGUUUGGAAAAACUGAAGAGGAAGCUUAAGGAGCAGAAGGAGAACGAUGUGGCCCAGUUACUGGCCAAACACUUGUGUUCUGAUCAGUUUAGACCCGCAGACUGGCUGACCAUGAGCACAGCUCUGGACCCGAGAUAUAAACACUUUGUGUUGUCUGAUCCUGUGAUUGCUAAGAGCUUCAAGGAGAAGUUCUUAGAUGAGAUGUAUCUGAUAGCGAAAGCUGAAAAUCUUCCAGUUACUGAAGCCUCUCUCCACAAAAGUAAUUUUGGGGAGUUGGAAAACUACAUUAAAAUGGCUCAGCUUCCACGGGAGGGGAACCCACUGAGUUUCUGGAGAUAUAACUAUAAAAGACUGGCCAGCUUUGCCCCAGAGUACCUUAACAUCGUCACCACGGCCGUCCCGCUGGACCGAGCAUUUGACGUACAAAAGUCACAACUGAUGUCCAGCCGACGAAGCGUCCUGCCGCCAGAACUUUUAGACAUGAUGCUGUUUCUGAAUGGAAACUGCUCUACAGAGACUCCUCUCUGUGGUUAUUUGAGCUGAAGGCUCAGGAAGACGGAGGGCUUCUUGCUUAAGUUCACAGCUUUG